CUGUUGGGAGCGCCCGAGCCCGCUGCGGAGAGAGGCUGAACAAAGCUCGGGCUCAAUUGUGCUUCCUGCUUGUCAGCCCUUGCCUCCCGAGCGCGUACCAUUUCCACUUGAUGUCAUCACGCAGAAGGGGGUGAAAGGGACUCGGUGACAGCUGCAGAAAUGAACCCACCCGAGUAUGCUCUGUGCCUGUGAGCUACGGGAUCACCACCCGACUUCGGAAAGACGCCACGGGAGGCGUGGGGGUUCUGGACUCUGAGAACAACCUCCUUCCCCUUGGCCUUGGCCUUCCUGCGCCCAGCCCACGAUGGAGACGCUCUCCCAAGAUUCCUUGCUGGAAUGUCAGAUCUGUUUCAAUUACUACAGCCCCCGGCGAAGGCCCAAGUUGCUGGAUUGCAAACACACCUGCUGCUCGGUGUGCCUCCGGCAGAUGAAGACGAGCCAGAAGGACGUGAGGUGCCCCUGGUGCCGGGGCAUCACCAGGCUGCCCCCGGGCUUCUCCGUGUCGCAGCUCCCCGACGACCCCGAGGUCCUCGCGGUCAUUGCCAUCCCGCACGCGUCCGAGCACACUCCGGUCUUCAUCAAACUUCCCAGCAAUGGGUGCUACAUGCUGCCCCUGCCCAUCGCCAAGGAGCGAGCGCUGCUGCCCGGAGACAUGGGCUGCCGCCUGCUGCCCGGGAGCCAGCAGAAGUCCGUCACCGUGGUGACCAUCCCCGCCGAACAGCAGCCCCUGCAAGGCGGGCCUCCCCAGGAGGCGGCGGAGGAGGAGCCAGACAGGCGGGGUGUGGUCAAAAGCUCUACCUGGUCUGGGGUGUGCACUGUGAUCCUGGUGGCCUGCGUCCUGGUCUUCCUUCUGGGCAUCGUGCUGCACAACAUGUCUUGCAUUUCUAAGCGCUUCACUGUGAUAUCCUGUGGCUGAACGGGGCCGCGGGGAGGUUUCUCGUGGGUGCCAACUAGGGGGUUGAGCAGGUGUUGGUGAUGGGGUCGCAGUGAGCAGAUGGGGGGCGACGCUGAUCGUUUGGUGCCGAUCGCUGGCCUCUGGGCUGCCACUUGAUGAACUGCAGACAGACCUGAAGGGCAGAUGCGAGGUCUCAGUGAGAUGCCAGGCAAACCAUUCUGAGUAUUGGCGGCGACAGCUUCGAAGACGAUUGCAUGCAUCCUCAUAAUCAUUUAUUUAAAUGGACUGUAAUUUAUGAUUUUUCAGAAUCAUGUUACGAGAUAGACAGACGUAUUCUACUUAGACGUUAAACCGUGCAAGUGCAUACAAUGUGAUCUUCUCUAAAUGUGGUAGAUUAAAACAAAGAUGCUAUGUAUACAGUAGAAUUAAACCUGAGAAUCCAUGUAAAACUGCAGCGGCGACACGCAGUGCUGGUUUCUUUCCUCUUUUUAACGGAAACCCAGUCUUCAUUCAGUUGCUGAGGCUUUUUAUACUUUUUGAAUGGCACCCCAAUUCAAAUAAGUGAAGUGAAGAGUCGUUUUUUGAAGACAGUGUUCGAACAAGUGUUUCCAGUGUGUCGUGUUUUGUUACGUACCUUCAUUUUUCUUCCCUUGUAAUUAGAGCUUGCUACGUGUUUA